AUGGGGCUCACAGGGUGCUGUGUUGCAGAGGAAGAGCGUCGAGUGCGAGCCAACGCACGGGAAUACAACGAGAAGUUCCAGUACGCAAAUAACUGCAUCAAGACCUCCAAGUACAACAUUGUCACCUUCCUGCCUGUCAACCUCUUCGAGCAGUUCCAGGAAGUGGCCAACACCUAUUUCCUCUUCCUCCUCAUCCUGCAGCUGAUUCCUCAGAUCUCUUCACUCUCCUGGUUUACCACCAUCGUGCCUUUGGUUCUUGUCUUAACCAUCACAGCUGUCAAAGAUGCCACCGAUGACUAUUUCCGCCAUAAAAGUGACAACCAGGUGAACAACCGGCAGUCUCAGGUCCUGAUUGGUGGAGUCCUUAGGCAGGAGCAGUGGAUGAAUGUCCGUGUUGGAGACAUCAUCAAGUUGGAGAACAACCAGUUUGUUGCGGCUGACCUCCUCCUCCUCUCCAGCAGCGAACCACAUGGGUUAUGCUACAUAGAGACUACCGAGCUGGAUGGAGAGACCAACAUGAAGGUACGUCAAGCCAUCCCCAUCACAGCGGAGCUGGGGGACACCAGCCAGCUGGCUCGCUUUGAUGGUGAGGUGAUCUGUGAACCCCCCAACAACAAGCUGGACAAGUUUGGUGGGACACUAUACUGGAAGGAGAACAAGUACCCCCUGAGCAACCAGAACAUGCUGCUGCGGGGCUGCGUCCUGCGCAACACCGAGUGGUGCUUUGGCCUCGUCAUCUUUGCAGGACCCGACACAAAACUGAUGCAGAAUAGCGGCCGGACCAAAUUUAAGCGGACAAGCAUUGACCGGCUGAUGAACACGCUGGUGCUCUGGAUCUUUGGGUUCCUGGUGUGCAUGGGAGUGAUCCUGGCCAUUGGCAAUGCCAUCUGGGAGCAUGAGGUGGGCAUCUGCUUCCAGAUCUACUUGCCCUGGGACGAGGGGGUGCACAGUGCCUUCUUCUCUGGCUUCCUCUCCUUCUGGUCCUACAUCAUCAUCCUCAACACUGUGGUGCCCAUCUCGCUCUAUGUGAGCGUUGAGGUGAUCCGGCUUGGGCACAGCUACUUCAUCAACUGGGACAAAAAGAUGUACUGUGCCAAGCGCCGGACGCCAGCUGAAGCCCGCACCACCACCCUCAACGAGGAGCUGGGACAGGUGGAGUACAUCUUUUCUGACAAGACUGGCACCCUCACCCAGAAUAUCAUGGUCUUCAGCAAGUGCUCUGUGAACGGGCACAGCUAUGGUGAUGUGCAGGACAUGGUGGGUCCCAAGGCAGAGCUGGGAGAGAAGCCAGAGCCAGUAGACUUCUCCUUCAACCCACUGGCAGACCCACGCUUCCAGUUCUGGGACCCCAGCCUACUGGAAGCUGUCAAGCUGGGAGACCUCCACGUGCACGAGUUCUUCCGCCUGCUCUCACUCUGUCACACCGUCAUGUCUGAAGAGAAGAGUGAAGGGGAGUUGUUGUACAAGGCACAGUCCCCAGAUGAGGGAGCACUGGUCACAGCUGCCAGAAACUUUGGCUUUGUGUUCCGGUCCCGCACGCCCAAGACCAUCACAGUGCAUGAGCUGGGUCAAGCUAUCACCUACCAGCUGCUGGCCAUCCUAGACUUCAACAACAUCCGCAAGCGCAUGUCCGUCAUCAUCCGCAGCCCUGAGGGCAAGAUACGGCUGUACUGCAAAGGUGCUGACACCAUCCUGCUGGAGCGGCUGCAUCCUGUCAACCAGGACCUGACCAGCAUCACCACCGACCACCUCAACGAGUAUGCUGGUGAGGGGCUGCGGACACUGGUGCUGGCCUACAGAGACCUGGAGGAGAGCUACUAUAAGGACUGGUCCAAGCGGCUGCACCGAGCUGGCAGUGUCCUUGAGGCCCGUGAAGAUUACCUGGCUCGGCUCUAUGAUGAGGUUGAGCAUGAUAUGAUGCUGCUUGGAGCCACAGCCAUCGAGGACAAACUGCAGCAGGGGGUCCCCGAAACCAUUGCCAUCCUGACACUGGCCAACAUCAAGAUUUGGGUGCUGACAGGGGACAAGCAGGAAACAGCUGUGAACAUUGGCUACUCCUGCAAGAUGCUGACAGAUGACAUGACAGAGGUGUUUGUGGUCACAGGCCACACUGUGCUGGAGGUGCGAGAGGAGCUCAGGAAAGCCCGAGAGAAGAUGAUGGAUGCAUCGCAGUCUGUGUGCAAUGGCUUCUCCUACCAAGAGAAACUCUCCUCCAGGCUUACCUCUGUGCUCGAAGCCAUUGCAGGCGAAUACGCCCUGGUCAUCAAUGGGCACAGCCUGGCCCAUGCACUGGAGGCAGACAUGGAAGUGGAAUUCCUGGAGACAGCGUGUGCCUGCAAGGCUGUUAUCUGCUGCCGUGUCACACCCCUGCAGAAAGCCCAAGUGGUGGAGCUGGUGAAGAAGUACAAGAAAGCCGUCACUUUGGCCAUUGGGGAUGGGGCCAAUGAUGUCAGCAUGAUCAAGACUGCCCACAUUGGGGUUGGCAUCAGUGGACAGGAAGGCAUCCAGGCCGUGCUGGCCUCUGAUUACUCCUUCUCCCAGUUCAAGUUCCUACAGCGCCUGCUCCUGGUGCAUGGACGCUGGUCCUACCUGCGCAUGUGCAAGUUUCUUUGCUACUUCUUCUACAAGAACUUCGCCUUCACUAUGGUCCACUUCUGGUUUGGCUUCUUCUGUGGCUUCUCAGCACAGACAGUGUACGACCAGUAUUUCAUCACUCUGUACAACAUUGUCUACACAUCGCUGCCUGUGCUCGCUAUGGGUGUCUUCGACCAGGAUGUGCCAGAGCAGCGGAGCAUGGAGUACCCCAAACUCUAUGAGCCUGGGCAGCUGAACCUGCUCUUCAACAAGCGGGAGUUCUUCAUCUGCAUUGCCCAAGGCAUCUACACCUCCAUCCUCAUGUUCUUCAUCCCCUACGGUGUCUUUGCUGAUGCCACCCGUGAUGAUGGUGCCCAGCUGGCUGACUACCAGUCCUUUGCCGUCACUGUCGCCACCUCCCUGGUGAUAGUUGUCAGUGUGCAGAUUGGGCUAGACACAGGAUUCUGGACAGCCAUCAACCACUUCUUCAUCUGGGGCAGUCUGGCCGCCUACUUUGCUAUCCUCUUCACCAUGCACAGUGACGGCCUCUUCUGGAUGUUCCCCAAUCAGUUCCGCUUUGUGGGUAAUGCACAGAACACGCUGGCCCAGCCCACGGUCUGGCUGACCAUUGCCCUCACCACCGUAGUCUGCAUCGUGCCCGUUGUGGCCUUUCGCUUCCUUAAGCUGGACCUGAAACCAGAACUCUCGGAUACGGUACGCUACACUCAGCUGGUACGGAAGAAGCAGAAGACACAGCGCCGGUGCAUGAGGCACGCAGGGCAUGUGGGCUCACGCCACUCUGGCUAUGCCUUCUCCCAUCAGGAGGGUUUUGGGGAGCUCAUCAUGUCUGGCAAGAAUAUGCGGCUUAGCUCCUCAGCACUCUCCAGCUUUGCCCCCAGCACCAGCUGGAUUGAGACCCUGCGGAAGAAGAAGGGUUGCGAGGGCAGCAGUGCUGGCAGCCCCAGCGGUGCAGCUGACAAGACUCUCAAGGUCUGAGUCUGGAGGGGGUCAC